GAGCUGCUGAGACUUUGCAUCGACUUAGAAAGCACCCCGGCCAGCUUUCAGAACGAGCGAGCCAAGUCCGAGCUGAUUCGAAGAAUCGGCCGGGCAUUGAAGAAGUUCGAUCGAGGCUCUUGGGUCUCAGUGCUGGCUUUGCAGAUACUGAUGAGCCAGUUCUUCGUACGCCUGUCCACGCUGUGGACGCCUACGGAGGAAGCUCUUCUUUACGUAGCCAGCGAUUCGAUGCUCGAGCCGCCUGCAGCCGCCGGGAAGCGUGCCGGAGCGAAGGCCGAAACCAGACGCGCCAAGAAGCGUCGGAAGGCUCAAGGCAACACCGAG